GGGGCGGGGCCAGAGCGUCCCGGGCCCCGCGUCGGGUUCAAGUGGCCGUCACCGGAGGCAGAGGACGGGGAAGGGGUGCAGGCGAUGGUUCCAUCGCUGCGUUUCUUGGGUGGUGCCUGCGGACUGGCCCGCGGGGAGUUCCCCGGGGGCUUCCUCCGGGAGGGAGGGCUGGCGUCCGGGCAGCCUCCUAAGUCCUGGAUUUCCAGCUCUUUUGACAUCGUCGUGGUCGGUGGAGGAAUCGUGGGGCUCGCCUCCGCCAGAGCGCUCAACCUGCGAUAUCCUGCGCUUUCAGUCGGUGUUCUCGAAAAGGAGAAAGAUUUAGCUGUUCACCAAACUGGACAUAACAGUGGUGUAAUACAUAGUGGAAUUUAUUAUAAACCCGAAUCUCUGAAGGCUAAACUCUGCGUACAAGGUGCAGCCCUCAUCUAUGAGUAUUGUAACCAAAAGGGGAUUUCCUACAAGCAGUGUGGCAAGCUAAUAGUAGCUGUUGAACAAGAAGAAAUUCCCAGACUUCAGGCUUUAUAUGAGAGGGGCCUGCAGAAUGGCGUCCAGAGCUUGAGACUGAUCCAGCAGGAGGAAAUAAAAAAGAAGGAGCCAUAUUGUAGGGGUCUAAUGGCUAUUGAUUGUCCAUACACUGGCAUUGUGGAUUAUCGGCAGAUAGCUUUGUCAUUUGCCCAUGAUUUCCAAGAAGCAGGUGGCUCUGUUAUGACCAAUUUUGAAGUAAAAGAAAUUGAAAUGGCCAGAGAAAGCCCACCCAGAAGUAAAGAUGGGCUGAAAUAUCCAAUUGUGAUAAAGAAUACAAAGAGAGAAGAAAUUCGAUGUCAGUAUGUUGUGACAUGUGCAGGACUUUACUCAGACCGUAUUUCAGAGUUGAGUGGCUGCAGUCCUGAUCCUCGAAUUGUACCAUUCCGGGGGGAUUACCUGCUUUUGAAGCCUGAAAAAAGCUAUCUUGUAAAAGGAAAUAUUUACCCAGUCCCAGAUAGCCGGUUUCCUUUCCUAGGAGUUCACUUUACGCCAAGGAUGGAUGGCAAUGUUUGGCUAGGGCCUAAUGCAGUACUUGCUUUUAAACGGGAAGGUUACAGACCCUUUGACUUCAGUGCCAGAGAUGCUAUGGAUGUAAUUAUCAAUAGUGGCUUGAGUAAACUGGCUUUCCAGAAUUUCUCCUAUGGAGUUAAUGAAAUAUAUAAAGCCUGUUUUCUUGGUGCAACAGUGAAGUACCUUCAAAAGUUUAUCCCUGAAAUUACUACCAGUGACAUACUUAGAGGUCCAGCUGGGGUCAGAGCCCAAGCCCUGGACAGAGAUGGAAAUCUAGUGGAAGAUUUCAUAUUUGAUGGAGGAGCUGGGGACAUUGGGAAUCGCAUUCUUCACGUGAGAAAUGCACCUUCCCCUGCUGCCACUUCUUCCCUCGCAAUUUCUGAAAUAAUUGUAGAUGAAAUACAGCAAAGAUUUGAAUUUUAACUAAUGAAAAGAGCUAGAUACGCAUUAUAAUGUCCACACCAGCCACAAGAAUGUACUGUAUUAAUUGUGUUUUUAACUGUGAUUUAAGAAAAUGGUUUUAGCUGGGCGUGGUGGCGCACACCUGUAAUCCCAGCACUUGGGAG